UCAUCUAGAAGAAGCACAAGAAAAUGGUAAUGUAAAGAGAUCUUCAAGUUCAGAAUGAAGAGUUACCAGGGAUGCCGGUUCCAGAACUUGUUCUAGAAUGUUCCACUAUGGUUACCGGCCACAUGAAUAUUACACAAUGUUUCUCCCUCGGAGCGUGCCUUACUCGAGAAGUGCCUAUGCAGAUGUAAGCUCUGGUUUUGGGCUGCCCCCCAUACAAAUUCACAACUUUAGCAGCCGCCCGUUUGCUUUUGUUGGAGAUGAGACAUCCUAUCCGCAUAACAUUUCAAACGGACGCAUUGAAUAUCACCAUUUUUACGGGGUCAACCCAUUAUAUAAUAUGCCAAACUGGUAUUACCCCAGUUAUAACCCUGGGCCAGCGUACGAUCCCUUCCUAAACUACAGGGAGCCGCAGGCUUACCCCAAACCUCCAGUUGAUGCGUGGCCGGAGGGUUUCACUAUGAAAGGAGAGCUUCACUGGGGCAAACUGGAGCGGAUUUUUGGGGUAAAGCGUAACCUUCCCGACUUUGUUAAAGACGACCUUCGCAGAGUUUACGGAACUUACCCGAGAACAUUUGUUGCCAUAACUUACCAGAACGGAGAGUACCUUGUUAAAGGUGAUCCCAAAGUUGGUGAGCAGGAAUAUACUGUGGAGAAGAAAGUCAUUAGGAGGCAACCUACGCCCACCGACUCCGAGGAGGACAUCAGCGAUAAACAGAGCAAGAGGAAAAAGAAGAAGUCAAGGAGGUGAAAUCAUUCCAGGUUUUUGAAGAGCGAGGG